UCAGGUUGACUUUAUUUUGAGCUUUGGUUGCGCGCGGGAUGGUUGUGUCCCAGGCUGUGCGAAGUUACUAAACAGAAACGCUUUUAACCUGAGCUGAUUUAGGAAGCCAUCGGUGGAACACAAGGAUAACCAUGACGGAACUUUAAUGUUGGUUUUGCACACAGUGCUGGAAAGCAACAGGUUGGAAUAAUCGUCAUUCGCCCUGCAGUAAAGUGCGAUGUUCGCUUUGUGACUUUCUUCGCGUCGCCAGUCAGUUUUUGGUGACACCCGAAUGCCACGCAAGAUGGACUACGGGAACGAGGUGGACUUAUCCAACAACAACAACAUCACUCCGCUCUGGAGGCGACGUCCCACCACCAACAAGCCUGGCUCCAGGGACAUGAAACUAAAGCCACGGCCUCUGAGCUACCAGAUUGACGGAGUUCUCACGACAGAUUUCCCAGUGGAGGACAAAUGCGCGUUCACUUUGACGCAACCCGCGGAAAAGAUUGUAGCUGGGACACCAGCUGGGAAUACCGUGAUCCUCAAACACGUUUUACACCAACCAACUCGGAAGACACGGGUAGUCAGGAGCAUAAGCAUUGGACAUUUGUCAAAUAUGAGAUUUUCUCUUCAUAGGAGCAAACCGGUGGUUGAGAAUCAUAGUCCUCCUGACAAUGCACAUGUGGCAUCUAGCACAACCAGAAUGUCAAAUGGGACAUCUGUGUGUCAGCAGGGCAACAAGAACACUGCCAGCCCACAUGCUGCCUUGUCACAGACAGACCAGACAUGCUUGAGUAAUUCAGCAUCUUGUCCGGAGAACGUACGGAUGACAUGCAGCGCGACACCACCCAGCACCCUGAGUGUCACUCCCCACCACCAACACCAGGACAGUGGGGCGUCCUCCCCCUCUCUCCGUGCCUCCUCCCGGAGCUCAUCCUCCAGCAUCAUGUCCCUGUCCUCCACGCAGAGCACCCUCUCCGACCCGCCGACACCCCGCACGCCAUCACCGGACGACGGCCUGACCGGCGGGGUCAUCCCCCGUCAGACCCAGAAGUCCGAUGGCAAGCUCUCGCCAUCAGUGGUCUUGAGUACCCAGAGUGCAGCUGCCCUGAAGAUGGGCACCCAGCAGCUCAUCCCCCAGGGCCUGGCCUCCGACACCCGGCCCCUGAAGACCGGGCGGCCCGCCGGUGGGCCGAACAGCAAGGGCUCCUCCGGUGGGCUCCUGGAUCCGGGUCAGAGGGCACAGAGGGCCCGCAGCAUGGUGGAGACCAGCAGCACCUUCUUCUCCAUGAGCUCGGAGCAGGAGGAGGAGGCGGCGGGAGACGAAAGCCCCGGAGGGCUGCUCAGGAGAGGCCUACGCUCCACCUCCUACAGGCGGGCGGUGGUGAGCGGGGUGGACAUCGAUGGGUCGUCCCCGACGGAGCUCAAGCCCAUACGCCUCCCGGACCUCAAGCCCGUGCUGAAGGGGGUGGUGGAGGAUGGAGCAGAGCAACACCCUCCCAGCCCCAUCCCCAGCCCCAGCCCUAGCCCUAGCCCUAGCCCUGGGAAAGCCAAGAGCGCUGAAAGGAAAAAAGGAAUUCCGUCUCAGCGGACGUUUGACAGUGAAGAGGACGAGGUCCUGUACCAGAACUACCAGGAGAAGGCCCUACACAACGACUCAGACGAGGACGCGGAGUCCAGGGAGCCCAAGCCUGACGACCGCAUCGUGGUCCAGUACAAACCCAUCCGCACCUCCUGGAGUCAGCUCAGCGUGGUGAAAAAGAGUGGCGCCGCAGAGAAGUUAAGCCCAGAGGAACGGAAAAGACAAGAGGCCAUCUUUGAGGUGAUCUCGUCGGAGCACAGCUACCUGCACAGCAUCGAGAUCCUCAGCCGCAUGUUCAAGAACUCGGCCGAGCUCAGCGAGACCAUGACCAAGACGGAGAGCCACCACCUCUUCUCCAACAUCGCAGACGUGUGCGAGGCCAGUAAAAAGUUCUUUAAAGAACUGGAGGAUCGUCACCAGCAGAACAUAGUCAUCGAUGACAUCAGUGAUAUUGUGGAGAGACACGCCCAGGCCAACUUCGAUCCUUACAUCACAUACUGCUCCAAUGAGGUGUACCAGCAACGCACCCUUGAGAGGCUUGCAAUGAAGAACCCGUCCUUCAAGGAGGUGCUGACGCGUAUCGAGGCCCACCCCGACUGCCGGAACCUGCCCAUGAUCUCCUUCCUCAUCCUGCCCAUGCAGCGCGUCACACGCCUACCCCUGCUCAUGGACACGAUCUGCCAGAAGACUCCCAAAGGCUCGGAGCAGUAUGAGGCCUGUAAGAAAGCCCUGCAGUCCGUCAGCAAGCUCGUCAGGAAAUGUAAUGAGGGAGCUCGUACGAUGGAGAGGACGGAGAUGAUGUACACCAUCAACUCGCAGCUGGAGUUCAAGAUUAAGCCCUUCCCCCUGGUCUCCUCGUCCCGCUGGAUGGUGAAGCGCGGUGAGCUGACUGCGCUGGUGGAGGAGAAUGGCAUCUUCUCCAAGAGGACGUCACGCCAGCAGGUCUACUUCUUCCUCUUCAACGACGUCCUCAUCCUCACCCGCAAGAAAAGUGACGAGAGCUACACGGUGAUCGACUACGCCCUGCGUGACCAGAUCUGGGUGGGGCCGUGCCAGGCCGAGGACCUGAACCUGUCGCCCGUGCGCACCACCGCCAGCAUGCUGACCUCACGACAAGGCUCGCCCAAUCACCUCUUCCGACUCAAGUUCCGCAGCAACCACUCGGGAGACAAGGUGCCCAUGGUCCUCGGCGUCGAACAGCUGAAUGAUCGUGCCCGGUGGAUCAGCGCACUUGGCCUCACCAACAGUGACAAGAACAACAGCGACAGAACAAACUUGGUGCAGGUGGAGGUGACCAGGACAUACACGGCCAGGCAGCCCGACGAGCUGUCACUGCAGGUGGCAGAUGUGGUGCUGGUGUCACAGAUGGUGGAUGACGGGUGGUACGAGGGCGAGCGUCUGCGUGACGGGGAGAGGGGCUGGUUCCUGGCCGAGUGUGCCGAGCGCAUCACGUGCGAGGCCACCAUCGAGAGGAACUGGCAGAGGAUGGACCGCCUACAGGGCCUGGAGACCAACGUCUGAGGAACUGAACCAGCUCUGGAGAUGUCCAUCAUCCAUCAUUUUUUAAAAAGAAAAAAAUCUGACAUUUUGUUUUUAUUUAAAAAUAAGCUCCCUGUCCAAGGAACUAGUUGGAUCUCUCGCUGGUUAGAAGAAGUCACAGUGUCAUAAGCUGUCAUGUUGUCAUUGCCCAAAACAAGACGUCAUCAGCAGGAUCCUGAAAAACAAAAAAAAACGCUCAAACAGGACCGUCCUCUACACUACAGGACACAGGCCAAGAGCAUAGAGAGCCCGCCCGCUCAGCCACUCUAAUGUGAACUGAAAUGACAUGCUCCUUGGUGGAGCUCCAGAGCCUUCAAAGACUAUAUGGAAAAUAAAGGCCAUGAAGGAUAAAGGUCGGACGAGGCUCUAGUAGACUGUGUGUUUGCGAAGUCAGAACUGAGUGCUUCUCCCACUUUUUUUAUUUCCCUUUGAACAUUCACAGACACAGCCCCAGACUGGCAGAGGAGUGAUACAGCUGGGCCAAGCCAAAGGAUGCAUGGUGCAACAUUUUUUCCCCACUGCCACAAGGAAGCCACUCUACACUUGAUCUCCUCAGUUUCCCUAUUUCUCGCUGAAUGAGUUGUGUGUAUAUAUAACAACACAGACUUCUGAGGGUUGUCUUUCUUUUUACCAUUCAACCACCCACUCACUGUGUUCUUAUGUUCCCAGAUGUUAAGCAGACAUCUUGUGUACUCUGAGAUCCCCAUCUGUCAAUUUGUACAUGAGAGGUGAAGGACAGCUGUGAAUCUCCGAUUUUGUCGACACAAAACUAUCCAGUGGGGGUGAUACUAUACCAGUACAUUGAUCUGGUAUCAUGCCAGCACUGGAAGCUGAGAUAGAAACCAAUAGCUUAAAAGAUGGACUCAAAUACAGUGAAGGAAAUAGUAGUCAGCUGAUGUGAUCGCUAUAAGGUGAAAAAUAGUCAAUAGACUUGUGCCUCUUUUCCACUGACUAUUUUCUGGUAGACCUACAGCUCGACACAGUGCGACUCGGCUGACACUUUUUGCUUUACGAUAGAGCUGUGUCUCUUGCCUAUUUGAAAGUAAAAAGUGGCGUCCGAGUGACACUUUUCCACUGUCGAUCUACAGGCCUACAAGAAAACCGGCAAAGAGGCAUUGCUGCAAAUGUAGAAAAAGAUUCUCCCUGUCAGUUUGGAAACCGGGUAGCUUUUUUUGUGUGAAGAUUUGCAUGUGACAUAGGGUUGUGGACCUUGUUCAUAAAGAAUACAAUGAAAUGGCAUUUUCACUAAGUCUGAAACGUUUAUGCAUUUUGCACUCAGGGACAUACACACAAGACUCGUGCUUCACAGCAAUGUACAAAAUAAUGAAAUCUUGUCUUUUAAAAAUGUUUUAUACUGUACUAACUGUCAAUUUCAAAAACGAUUGUAUUUUGGCUUAUAGAUGUGCUACUUUACAUAUAACCCUCCCAUCUGUGUAAUAACUUGUGAAUAUAAGGAAUGUAAUUUACCAAUUUCAUAUUUUCUCCCUGCACUUACUCAGAUUCACCAUUAACUGUAUAUUUGUCUGUGAAAUUACUUUUAUUAAAGUUGCUUUAUCUAUGCAAGAACAUAAAGACUUGUGUGAUUUAUGCAUAUAUUUAGCAUGUCAGUUCUAGCACACAUACAUCUUUAACUUCUGUUUUAUUAUAACAAUACAACUGAACAGAACAAAAGAAUAACAUAACUUAAAUAAUGAUCAUUUAAAAAAACUAAUUCUGGAUAAUGAAAUCUUUUAACAAUGGUCAACGCAAAAUGUCCAUUAAUGUAAGACUCUGGACUGGUAUUUACUGUAUAUUAUAGAAUUUCUUAAAGUCUUGUUUGAUAAUGGAAGAUGGUGUGAAUGAUCACAGUGUAUGUGUCUGUGUAGCACAAACUCAUGAGGGCAUGAUUAGAUGGAUGAGAGUCCUGGUUCUGGCACUUCUGGCCAAGGUGCCGUUUG